GCACUCGCAGGCCCGGCCCCGAUCGCCAAAACCACCACCCCAGAGAAGUUAAGUACCAGAGCGUGGCCGGCCGACGCGCUAGCUCUAGCCUCUCGGUCUGCCCUCCACCCUUCUCGUCCUCCUCGUCGCUCCCUUGGCCUCUUUUCCCCUCGCCCUGUUCGUCUCGCCUGGCUCACUCGUUUGCCAGAGACAACACCACUCUCGCUAGCCACAGGGACCACGAGGCUGCCUGCCUGCCACCAUGGGCCUCACCAGCUACCGCCUGGCCUCGGCUGCCCUCGCCGCCCUCGCCGGGUCUGCCGUCGCCGAGCUCAGCGUCACCAUUGGCUCGUCCAACAAUGUCCUGACCGGCCCUGUCGAUGGCCGCGUCGUCCUCAUCUUUGCGCCCAAGGACACGGACCCUCUCGACGACAUUGACGUCACCUCGUCCCCAAACAAAAUGUACGGCAAGAACGUCGCCGCCUUUGGCCCCUCCGACACCGUCACCCUCGCAGGCGGCGACGUCAACGGCACCGCCACGGGCGUCUACGGCUGGCCUCUGGUCUCCUUGGACGAGGUCGAGCCCGGCACCUACAACGUCCAGGCCUUCCUCAGCCCCUACGACACCGCCACCCGCGCCGACGGCUCCCAGGUCCGCCUCAAGUUCCCCUGCGGCGACGGCGCUCCCAACGUCAACGGAGUCGGCUCUCUCAAGACCACCACUGUCGAGGUCGACGUCACCGGCAGCGACCAGACCAUCACCCUCGCCUUUGACGACAUUGAGCCUCCCUCAACCUCUUCCGGCUCCGAGAUUGGCAGCUGCUACCAGGGCAACUACGAGGACACGGAGCUGCUCAAGUUCGUCAAGAUCCGCAGCGAGAAGCUCAGCGCCUUCUGGGGCCGCGACAUGUACGUCGGCGCUAACGUGCUCCUCCCCAAGGGCUACGAUGCCGACGACAAGUCUGUCCGCUAUCCCGUCAUCUACGCCCAGGACCACUGGGAUGCCGACAGCGGCGCCUUUGGGUAUCCGAACUCGGCAGCCUUCACCAGCGCCUGGGACAACGGCAUCAUCCCCGGUACCAAUGGCAACCCGGACCGCCCGACGCCCAAGCUCAUCAUGAUCAAGUUCCGCCACGAGAGCCCCUUUUACGACGACUCGUACGCCGUCAACACGGCCAAUAUUGGGCCCUACGGCGACGCCAUCAACGAGGAGCUGAUCCCCCACCUCGACUCGCUCUUCAACACCAUUGCCGAGCCCUACGCGCGUAUCCAGGAGGGCGGCUCCACGGGCGGCUGGGUGUCGGCGGCCAGCCUCAUCUUCCGCCCGGAUCUGUUUGGCGCCUGCUUCUCGUACUACCCGGACUCGCUCGACUUCCACCGCCACCAGGACAUCCAGCUCUACACCAACGCCAACGCCUAUGUCAACGCCGACGGCUCCGCGAUCCCCUCGAUCCAGACCCACGACUCGGCGGGCAACCAGCAGAUUCUGGCCACCGUCGCGCAGGAGAACCACUGGGAGCUCGUGUUCGGCACGGCCUCGCGCUCCUUCCUGCAGUGGGACGUGUGGAACUCGGUCUUUGGCGUCCAGGGCCUCAACGGGUACCCGCUCGAGCCCUGGGACAAGGUCACGGGCGAGAUCUACCCGGAGUCGGUUGAGUACUGGAAGUCGUUUGACCUGGCCAACUACAUCACGACCAACUGGGCCGGCGCCAAGAACCUCGGCGAGGCCCUCAAGGACCGCAUCCACAUCUCGGUCGGCACCUGGGACAACUACUUCCUCAACGAGGGCGUCGUCGAGUUCCAGUCGCGCGUCGACGCCCUCGGCGGCGAAGGGUGGGCCAACGUCACGAUCCUGGCCAACCGCACGCACGGCGGGCUCUACGAGCGCCGCGAGACCUGGAACUACAUUGAGCUGCUGGACAAGUGGAUCUCGGACCACGCCCCCGACGGGCCGACCCCGCUGGCGCCUGCGGCCACGAGCCCCUCGACCCGCGGCAACGUCUUUGCCGACGUCAUUGCCAACGGCGGCCGCGGCGCCGCGCUCGCCAGGCAGGCCGACCCGGUCGUCACCGUCAAGCAAGCCAAGGUCAAGUGCGGCGCCUCCGUCUCGGGCACCUUGGGCCGCUGGGACCCGGGCGUCAAGCUGACCGCGCAGUGGCUGGUCGACGGGGAGCCCAGCGGCGCCGCGUUUGCCGUCGCGCAGGGCCAGACGGUGCGGUUCGCCCCGACGACGGCGCCGACGUCCGACUUUGAGGUGCAGCUCGCCGUCACGGGCGUCAAGCGCAACUACGUGGACGAGACGCGGGUCAGCGAGGCUGCGGUCGUCCAGGCGGCGCGGAGGCGGUAGAGCGCAUGCGAUUUCUGAUGAUCUGAAAUGCCAUGGCGGACAUGGCUGACAUGGCUUUGCAAGGGUGGUCAUGUCGUUGGAGGGCACCCGCCUGGAAAGAAGACAAACACACGCCUGUGAAGCGAAGAAAGUAUCUAUGCAUGAUAGCAUGUAUUUAUCUUAAUGUGUAUUGGUAUUUUAAUAUCAACCAAAACGUAUAUCUUCGCGGUA